CUAUAAUGAAGUCUGUGUCUCCAGAUGGAAGAAUUAAAAAAGAAAUUUUGGAAAAGGGUAAAUGGGGACAAAAACCUGCUGAAAACAGUAGAUGUACAGUUACAAUAAUGGAUUAUGCACCACUAAAAAACAUUGUCAGUACUAUUAUUGUUAUUGGAGAUACAGAUGGGGAGCUAUGGAACUUGAUAGAGAUAUGUUUAGGCACUAUGGAUGUAGGAGAAAAAUCUAAAUUUUUCAUAUCACUACCAAAUGAGGAUAUAUCUCUAAUCAUAUGUUUAGAGGAAUUAGUUUUUGAUGGUUAUAUUUAUAAAUGGGAUGCAAUUAAAAAGUUCAGUUUGGCCACUUAUCAUAAAGAAAAAGGAAAUGAUUUAUUUAAAUCUAAUAGAAAUAAAGAAGCAGCUUUAAGGUUUAUAAAAGCUCUAAAAAUACUUCAUUCAAUUCCUCUUGAUGCAGAAGAACUACCAAUCAGCAUAGAAAACUUACAAGUUUCAAAUCUUAUCAAUUUGAAAGAGAUUCUCUACAACAAUUUAUCUUCUUGUUAUUUUAGAAAUAGUCGUUGGCUCAAAGUAAUCGACAUUUCUCAAAAAGUAUUGCUCUAUAACUCAAAUAAUGUUAAGGCUUUGUAUAAAUUGGGUAUUGCUUAUAAAAACGAUCGAAACUUUGAGAAAUCAUUUGAGGCUUUUUCCAAAGUGUUGAAAUUGGAGCCAGAUAAUAAGGCAUGUACUGAACAUAUGAAUGUAGUUAAGGAUGAAUUAAGAAAGGCUGACAUUAGGGUGAAAAGUAUGGUUAAAAAAAUGUUUUCUCAUUGUUAGAUGACUAGUAUGUCAUUGCAUUAGUUAUUACUUGUAAAUGUUUUGCAAUUAAUGUAUUUUGCUAUUAAUUGUUAAAUAGUAGUAAAUAAAUUUUCCAUGAAAACAA